AUGCUGUCAUUUGUUGUCACCAAAUGUUUGAUUACUUUAACGAUAAUUAUAAUAUUAUCAGUUGUUAAAACGGAUGCACAAGUCUUUGUCCGAACCAUUGGAUCGUUCAAUCGCAAUUUUGCAGGCGGUAACUCACUGAACAAUAAUGGUAACGCAAUACAGAGAUUCAGUGAUGGUGGAAGUGGUCGGAAAAGAAGUCGACCAAGACAAUCUACUCAAGCUCCUUUACGGCUCAGGCCACAAGCACUUGGAUUUCUCUUUAAGAAAUUAUUUCAAAAGCGUGGUAAAAUGUACUUGGGGUUAAACAUGCUUGAAACUAUUUUUAAUUUCUUAAAACUUCGUACUAAAAAGGCUAAAUGUGUAGGACAGCGCGUGUUAAAAGCAGAAUAA